AUGUCUGACGGCGACAAUCCAACGUGGCAGGAUUGCGACGAUGAAUUCCCAGGCAAAGACCCCGGUCCAGUAGUUGGCAAGGACAGUUCUGAAGGCACCGAAAUCUACUCUUUCGCAGAUAUUGUCCUGAUCACGGUCGGCAAGGAGAAGGUGAAAUUCGGGGUCCACAAGGAAAUAUUGGUGUCACAAUGCUCUUUCUUCGACAAGUGCCUUCGCGGAGGUAUGAAAGAGGCACAGGAGAAUGCAGUCACUCUCUGGGACGACGACCCGGGGGCAUUCGGCGUGUUGGUCGAGUGGAUGUACACCAGUCGCCUGGACGACUUGCGACGCCCGGGAGGUGUCCUGGUCAACGCAUACGUUCUCGCCGACAAGUAUGGCAUGCCCGCUCUUCAGAAUGCCAUUGUCGAUCGCUUCAGGCUGGCCAACUGGUCGGGUCUGAGGAAUGUGCUGUGGGCUUGGGGGAGGUUGGCAGAGGGGUCACAACUUCGCAAGCUGUUUGUGGACCAGGUACAUUAUCAGAUCGCGAAAGCCCCAGAAAAAUACAGACGGGGCAGCACCAAUACAGUGGAUGCCUGUGCCACCGCAUUCGAGGAGAUUGUCGAGAUGAACGCGGAGCUGACGACGGCGUUGAUGUGGAAGAUGUUCGACCACAGCGGCGGGACUGGGAGCCGAAUCCCUACCAAUCCAGCUUCACUUGUUGGCUGCGUUUACCAUGUCCACGAUGACGGCAGGCAAUGCAAGCAAGUCACGACGAUACGACAAGCUUUUCCCCUUUUUGAUCCUAGGACCAGGCUCUCGAAGAUCAGUCGGGUUAAUAGACCGACUACGUAA